AUGGUAUUGAGAUUACAGAAGUAUGAACUUAAGCUUCAACACAUUCCGGGUAAAGAUAUGCUAAUCGCUGAUUUCCUAAGCCGAGCAUUUUUGAAGAACACCCGUAAGCAGAUGCAGAUAUGUAGUGAAAUAGAACACAUCAACCAAAUUGAAUAUGUGAAUGUAAGCAGAAGCACACAACUGCUACUACAAAAUGCAACCAAAGCAGAUGCCAAUCUGAUGGAAUUAAUGUUAAUGGUCCAGCAUGGAUGGGCUGAGUUGAAAUCUGAUGUGCCAAAGGCAGUACAAGCAUAUUUCGCCUUCCGGGAUGAAAUUACAAUGCAGGAUGGUAUUUUGUACAAAGGGCAACAGAUCAUUGUGCCAAAGACCAUGCAAUCAUUGUUACUCAAAAAAGCACAUAGCAGCCAUCAAGGAGCUGAAGCAUGCAUCAGAAGAGCAAAAGAUAGUUUGUUUUGGCAUGGAAUGGCAUCCCAAAUCAAAGAUUUGGUAAGCAGUUGUGAAAUUUGUAAUGCACUAAGACCAAAGCAACAGAAGGAGAGUUUGAUGACGUGGAAACCCCCCACCGAGCGAUGGCAACAUAUUGCACAAGAUCUAUUCACUAUUCACCAACGAGAUUAUUUAAUCACAGUUGAUUACUUCUCUGAUUUCUGGGAAGUAGACGAAUUAGAAGAUACUACAUCGAGCACUGUCAUAGAAUGUACCAAGCGACACUUGGCAAGACACGGAAUACCCGGAAAAGUGGUAACGGACAACGGUCCGCAGUUCAUCUCAAAAGAGUAUGAAGAUUUUGCCAAGGCAUGGGAUUUUGAACAUACCACAAGUUCUCCACUGCAUAGCCAAAGUAAUGGCAAAGCUGAAGCCACUGUCAAAAUAGCUAAACAUCUCAUCAGGAAAGCUAGAAAAGACAACAAAGACAUUUACUUGGCGUUAUUGGACUUGAGAAACACUCCAGAUCAAGAGGGUAACAGCCCAGUACAGAAACUAAUGUCAAGGCGAACCAGAUCGCAGUUGCCAAUUACGGAACAGCUGUUAAAGCCUCAGAUAGUGACUAAUUUCAUAGAUAAUAUUGUCACAAAGCGAAAGAAAGCAAAAUUCUACUAUGACCAAAAAUGCAAGGAUCUCCCAGACCUAAACAUCGGUGAGACUGUGAGAAUCCAACCUGAUCAACAACAUUCAGAAUGGAGAAAGAGCAAAUGCUUACAGAAAGUUGGUCCUCGAUCAUAUUUAGUUGAGACCAAUGAUGGAAGAAAAUAUAGAAGAAACAGGAAAUUCCUUAGAGCAGAAAAGGAACCGUCAGACACUCAAAAUAGUCAAGGUGUUUUGAGUCAGGCCUUGGCAUAUGUACUAUAG